GAAGGUGCUGCACAGUCCGCCUCUUGUGAGCUGGCUCCUCUUUCCAGAACAAUUCAGGCUUUACAGCGACUCAGACUGAGCUCCAACAUCUGUGUCCUGAAGCAAGGAUGGCUGAGAUGGAAAGCAUGCUUCAUUCUGGAAGGAAACAAUAUUCCAGGUCAAGCUGAGUCUGCCAAACACCGACCCUCAAAAUGGUUCUAGAAGAAAUCAAGACAAGUCUUAUCAUGUGGUUUUCCUACGCCUUGAUUCCUUGUUGGUUUGUGGAUGGAGCGGCUGUUCUACCUGCCCCUCAGAACCUCUCUGUACGGUCAGUCAAUAUGAAGCAUGUCUUGACAUGGAGCCCAGUCAUUGUGCCUGAAGAAAUAAUACACUACUCUGUCGAGUACCAGGGGGAGUAUGAGAGCCUGUACAUGAGCCACAUCUGGAUCCCCAGCAGCUGGUGCUCACCCACCCAAAGGCCUGAGUGUGACAUCACGGAGGACAUCACCGCCACUGUGUCAUACAGCCUCCGGGUCAGGGCCACCCUGGGCUCACUGACCUCGGCCUGGAGCACCCUGAAGCACCGCUUUAACCAAAACUCAACUAUCCUCACCCCACCUAGGAUGGAGAUCACCAUGGACGGCUUCCACCUGCUUAUUAAGCUGGAAGACCUGGGGCCCCAUUUUGAGUUCUUCGUGUCCUACUGGAGAAGGGAGCCUGGUGCCAAGGAACAUGUCAAAGUGGUGAGGCCCGGGGUCCUUCCCGUGUACCUGGAGAUGGUGGAGCCCGGGGCGGCAUACUGUGUGAAGGCCCGGACGUUCGUGAAGGCCAUUGGGCGGCACAGUGCCUUCAGCCAGCCAGAAUGUGUCAAGGUGCAAGGAGAGGCCCUGCCUCUGGCCCUGGCCCUGUUUGCCUUCGUGGGCUUCGUGCUGAUCCUGGUGGUGGCGCUGCUCUCCCUCUGGAAGAUGGGCCGGCUGCUCCGGCACUCCUGCUGCCCCGUGGUGAUGCUCCCCGACACCUUGAAAAUAACAAAUUCACCCCAGAAGUUAAUCAGCUGCAGAAAAGAAGAGGUAGAAGCCUGUGUGACUUCAGGGCUGUCUUCUGAGGAGCUGCUCAAGGCCUGGAUCUAGCAGAUGAAGCCGAGAAAUCUGGGCUGCAGGACACAAAAGCCACGAGGGGAAAGGCCACGCUUGUUUUCCUUCAAGGACAAAAGACAAGAGAAGAGCCUGCUAUGUCCAUGUCUAGAAGCAACUGUCAGAGGCAGGGUGGUAGGGCUGAUGGAGUGCUAAGAGGGGGUCAGGGGAUGUGACCUCCAAUACUGGAUCUCUGCCAUCUACUAGUAGGAUGACUCUGGGGGAAAAUGACUUAGUCUCUCUGCCCCUCAGUUUUCUCAUCUGUACAAUGGUUAACUACUUGACCAUUAAACCAUAUGUGUAUAUAUAUAUCCAUAUUAUCUCUCUGCCACUUGCAGAACUGUUGGGAAAUUGGCAACAUUGUACAUUGUGAUUGGUUCUGCUUUUCUGAAGAGCAGCAGGUUCAUGUGUAACAGGGAUGACCAGAGAUUACACAAGCAAUGGCCACUUUCCUGGAGGAAACUUUGAAGACACAAGGAAGGCUGGGUAUAACGAGGUUGAUUUCACUUCAAGCCAAAUGCCUGUGCAUGCAUGUGGGCCAAGUCACUUCAGUUGUGUCUGACUAUGUGACUCUACGGACUGUAGCCUGCCUGAGCAGAGGUGACUGAAUGGCUCAGCCAGCAAUAAGAUCUGUGGCCUAGAGGGAGACUACAGCCCCACUGAAAAUGGGCUGCGCAUGGAUGCUGCUGACCUGUGAAAUGCAGUGCUGGGUAAAGAGGGUGUGUACACUGAGGACAGCAGCUGAAAUGAGUGUGCAUGAUGAGAUGAGACUGCAGAAGGCUGUUGAUCACAAGUGUAAUGUUUUCUGUAUUCCUUUUUCCUGUGGAGUUGUUACAGUACAGCAUGAAAAAUAAAAAGAGGUCACCUUGUGUAA